AUGGAGCAUGAAGCUUGGAUUCGAGGCGGCACCGGUGAAGCGAGGGCACGUCUACCCAGAUGGGCCAACCCGAGGGAGGUUUUUCCUGGAGGCUUCAGAGAAAUCGCUCACGUGCUAGUCGAAACUGGGACUCAGCCAAUCAGACAGACGGGACCCCAGUGUGGUAUCGUCGCCUUGGCGAUGGGUUACAAUGCCAUGACUGGCAUGAAUGAUGACCGGGACCAUUCGCCGCGCAUUCUCAAGAACGCGAUCGACAUGGGGUUCACCAAGCAGGGAGAAAUGUUUGAGGCCUACAACAUGGCCCGACUCGCCAGGGCCAGCUUUGAUCGUAUUCAUGCUAUGUGUGUUCCCGCGCCCAGGCAGCAUGAACUGAUUAUGCAUAUCAACCAUGGCGGCGUGGUUCUGUUCCCAUACGAUGCGGACAGGGAUCACCGUCCGGCUCAGCGGAAUGGCGCGAGCGCGCACUGGUGCUUAAUAAACGGCUAUUUCUGCGGGAGGUAUCGCAGUACGGAAAACUCCAAAGCUUGUGAUUGGGUCGGCGAGGGGAAGCUGCACGUGAGCGUCUGGCAGGGAAAGAGCGGCCACCAGGCUCGCUUUUCCUACGCGGACCUCAUCGAGAGCAACCGUCAGCUUGUUGGGAGUGCCCCGAGCCUCAAGAAUGACCGCCAUCGCCUUCCGGACGGGGAUGACCUCUCCGGCCUGCGCUCGCUUGCGGUGAUGCUGUAUCCGCAUGAACAUGGUUAC